AUGUUAUGGGCAACAUUGGCAGGUCAAGCACCGGCUGUGGCUUAUGUCGCAAACGAAAGAUCAAGGCGAGUAUUUGGCAUUUUCAAAUGCCUGCCUACGUUAACCCGUUCCGCUAGUGUGACGAGGGAAGACCGGGGUGUCCAAUUGCAAAUUCGGACGAACCCAGAUGUUCCGGCUGAAGGCUCGAACACAAAGCCUCAAUCUCUCGGUCCGACCUUGCCUUCAUCCCAGCCCGGCAGUACUGGUCAACGGCCACGUCCAAAUGAUUUUGACGGCACCGGCGACCCCAUAUCAAACAAAAUCAAGACCGAAAAUGCCGCCAGCACUUCUGCAUUACAGAAUCUCGCGCCCGCUCACCGCGCUAUCUCGCCUCCUUUGCGUUAUGAUAUCCAGCAUCAAUCGUUAUGCUUUUUCCUCAAUUUGUUCUGUUUUCAGGCCGGGCGACUCUAUUCGUUUCCGGUCCUUGAUUUCCUACCGGAGAUGCUCCAAAAAGCCGAUCCUCAUUCAUGCAUUCACAAAGCAGCAAUGGCGGUGUCUCGCAUGACAUUGGCCGAUAGAUACAGUGGCAAAGACGUAAGACUGCAGACUGGUCGAGAGUAUGGUUAUGCUCUCAGCCUAACCAACAAAACCAUUCACGAUACUGCUGCUAGCAUACAAGAUGAGACUGUGAUGGCUGUCUGGCUUCUUGGACUCUACGAGCACAUCAGCGUCGUCCUAACCCACGGACGAUCAACCGCCGAGUCCAAAACGCCGGAGGAAGAAUGGCAGUCACAUAUCUCCCAUGUCAAGGGUGCCAUGAAUCUCUUACGUUUGCGUGGGAUGUCGCAGUUCACCACGGCGCGCGGAGAAAAAGUCUUUCGCAUCCUAAAGGCGGCCAUUCAAAUGCGACUUUUCAUUCUCGAUUCCGUCACAUCAAAGGAUUUCGACAAUCUCGAAAUUGAUGUCUAUCAGGAAGAGCACGAAUUCGUCCCAUCUGAAACGGCCAACAAAGCCACUGCAUAUUUCCACCGCGUCGCUCGCCUUUUGGAAAAGGUCAAGCAUUUUCUAGGGCAAGAACCCGACGAGAUCGCCAGAGUUAAGGAUACCACAGAUGUCUUCCUCCAAUAUGGCGAGGCUCUCGAUGAAGGUAUGACCGGCUGGAGCAAAGACGAACCGGGCUGGGACAUGAUGAAAGUCCGCUCCGAAACGACGGGAACCAUGUGGGCUCUCUACCCAUCCCACGCGCUCUACCACUUUUAUAGCUUCUGGGUAUAUUUGUACUGGAUCCGCUUCCUCACGGCGCGCAUCAAGCUGUACGAGGGACUCAUUGAGCUCUUGAGACUAGAUCUUCUCGAAGAUCCCACGACAACAACGACCCUCACCACCCAUACCUCCCGACGAACUCCACCGUCCCACUCCGCGAUCAAUCUGAAAAUCUCCAAGUUCCGAACCAUCAUCCAACUGACGGCGUCCGAACUCAUCGGCCUGACGGCAUACGCUCUAGGCGAUGUCACCCCCACAGGACAUUUCCAUUCGUCCAUAUCCGCGCAAAACCCUGGGCGAGGAUUCCAAGAAAUCAACGUCGUCGCCGCGAUGCAGCUGGUCAUCCCGCUCAAGAUGCUGCAAAGGUCCGAGUAUCCGACAGCCACGCAGAAGGGGGCGGUUGAUUUGGCUAUUUCGCAUAUUGGCGAUGGCUUUCGACGACAACCUCUAAUGUUAAUAUAA